AACUUUAUAGUUAGACGGUAUGCACUCUUAACAGUGAUGCAACCAUUCUUUGACUAAUGCUAAACCAAAACAUCAUAGACUUUGGCUCUACUUAAUGGAAUGGAGCAAUUCUACAUGGACUUAAAGGGCAUAAAAAUUUAAUGCACCAACCCAUACCUCCAUUCAAAAGAAGAAUAUUCGAUUAAUUCAGAGACCAAAUCAUUCUCAUCAAGCACUGUACAUGGUGACCAGACUUGCAAUCCAUUUUGAACAGGAAGCCAAUUAUCUUCCCAUAUCCAAAUGCUACUACUAUUUCCAAUCAACCACUGAGAUCCUUGAUCCACUAAUCAUCCUGUCGCAAUCAAGCUUCUCCAUGCAAAUAAUUAAACAAUAGCCAUGUUAGUAAGUAAUGUAAAAAUCUAUUUAUUGCUGUUUAAGUUCUUGGGUCAGAUUUUUCAUGUGUUUUUUAUUAUUUGAGUUGGUUAAGGGCUGUCACUUACUUGUCCUGUUUUCUUGUUGAUUGUGAGAUUGUGCUUCCUACAGUUUAGGAAGUAGUUGAUUUUCUUCUUGUAUUUAAAGGGAUUCCAGUUGAAUAAAAUGUGUGUAUCAAUUUUCUACUUCUAUAUGCUUGCCACCUGUUUGAUAAAAUUCCUCUUAGAGAUAAUUACCCUUAUUUUCUCUAUUUUUAGUUUCAGAAAUUCAAUAAAUGGUAUCAGAGCUAGGUUUCUGGUUUGAAGAGGUCUAACGUACUGUCUGAUGGCUAGCAAAUAUGCUGGAAUUAAUCCUACCUUGCCUACAAUUCCACUCUUUAAAGGCAGCGGGUAUGAAGUCUGGAGCACAAAGGUGAAGACUCUCUUCAUCUCCCAAGAUUUAUGGGAAUUGAUAGACAGACACUAUGCAGAAAAAGGUGUGUCAGAUGAGUCUCUAAAAGAUCUUCGAAAGAGAGAUGCCAAAGCUGUCUUUUUCAUUUAAGAAACAGUAGAUGAUUCAAUCUUCCCUCGAAUUUCUACAAUAACAAAAUUGAAGGAACCAUGGGGUGCACUCAAAAAUGGGUAUCAAGGAAUAGCUAAGGUGGUUACGGUCAAGCUUUAGACUUCGUUGGAAAUUUGAGAGCUCCUUUAUGAAAGAUGGUGAUUUCAUGCAUGACUACUUCAAUAGCUUGAUGGAAAUGGUGAAUCAAAUCUGAAAGUAUGGUGAACAGCUAUCUAAUUAGAAGGUUAUUGAGAAGAUUUUGAGGAGCUUACCAAGGAAAUAUGAAUCAGUGGUUGCUACCAUAGAAGAAUUUAAAGAUUUAUCAGUGCUUGCAGUUGAUGAGUUGUUGGGCUCUUUACAAUCUCAUGAAGAUAGGCAGAGAAGCUAUGAAGAAAGCUCUAUUGAAAAGGCCUUCCACACCAAAUUGCAGCUGUCUAAAGACAAUCACACAGUGGAAGAAUGCAGUAGUAGUAGUAACAAUUGCGGAGGCCAUUCUUUUCAAGGAAAAAGAGGUAGACUAGGCUACAAAGGAGGAGCACGGGUAAUGAACCACAACCAAUCUAGUAAUAAAGGUGAAGCAAAUAACCGUAAGUUUCGCUGUUAUUAUUGUAACAAGUAUGGGCAUAUAUAAAAGUUUUAUUAGAUGAAAGAAAAGCAAGCAAAUUUUGUUGAGAAAGAAGAUAAAGAUGAAUGUGAAAGUUUGUUUCUUGCAUGCUAUGCUGCUAAACCUUAUGAUUCAGACAUUUGGCAUAUGGAUAGCGGGUGCUACCAUCAUAUGACAGCGAACUUGGAGGCUUUUAUCAAUUUGGACAAGUCAAUAAAGACUACAAUGAAAAUGGGUGAUGGAGUAGUUCAUGAAGCACAGGGAAAUGGAACUGUGAAGAUUAAUUCUAGUGGAACUAGUUGCAUUAAAGAUGUUCUUUAUGUCCUUGACCUAGAUUCAAACCUGUUGAGUGUUGGGCAAUUUCUAAGACAAGGUUAUUCACUCAUCAUUGAAGAUUUUUAAUGUUCUGUUUUUUCAGACAAAACAAGGAAGAACAUACUACUCAAGGUUCCUAUGGCCAAGAAUAAUUUGUUUCCUCUCACUCUUGAUAAUGACAAGAAAGCAUUAUCAGCUUCAUUAGAGGAUGACAAUUGGUUGUGGCAUCCUAGGAAAAAUCAAUGGAAUUAGACUGAGAUGCAAACAGGUGCUGGUUACAUUCAAGAUGAUGGUGAAUUUAUUGAACCAAUAGAGUCCAUAGAAGAUGAUGGUGGCAAUGGUGGUUCGGGUUCUUCAACACCUAGUACUAGCCCUUCCACACUUGGUACUAGUUCUUCUAGCUCUACAUCAUCAAACUCCUCUUCCUCAACUACACCUCCACAUAAGUGGAGAUCCUUAGCCAAGAUCUAUGCACCAACUAAGAGAUGUCAACUAGCACAAAUUGAAGAGCUUGAUAGCUUUGAAGAAGCUGUAAAAAGCAAUAAGUGGCCUGUUGUGAUGGAUGAGAAGAUGAAAGCAUUAGAGAAAAACAAAACAUGGGAGCUUGUUGACUUGCUGUUGGGAAAAGAAGUUGUGGGGCUGAAACGAGUGUACAAACUCAAAUAUAAACCCGAUGGGUCGGUUCAAAAACAUAAAGCUCGAAUAGUUGCCCAUGGAUACAUGCAAAGGGAAGGCAUUGAUUUGAAGAGGCAUUCUCUUCAAUGGCCAGCCUUUUUAAAUGGUUUAUUGGAAGAAGAAGUAUAUGUACAGUAGCCAAGAGAAUAUGAAGUUGUUGGUGAAGAAAUGAAGGUGUAUCGAUUAAAAAAAGCCAUUUACGAUCUCAAACAAGCACCGAGAGCCUGGCAUGAGAGGAUUGACAGGCAUUUCAUAAAAAAUGGCUUUCAAAAGAAUGCAAGUGAGCCCACUUUGUAUGUCAAAACACAAGGAGCUGAUGAGGUAUUGAUUGUUUGCCUUUAUAUGGAUGAUUUAAUCUAUACUGGAAAUAGUGUUGCUUUAAUUCAUGAUUUUAAGAGGAUUAUGGUCGCUGAAUUUGAAAUGACUGAUUUGGGUUUGAUGAGUUAUUUCUUAGGUUUAGAGGUAAAACAAUGUGAUGCUGAAAUUUUUAUUUCACAAGAAAAAUAUGUGAAUGAUCUUCUUAAGAAGUUUAUGAUGAAAGAUUGUAAUCCGGUCAAAACUCCAAUGAUUACUAAUCAUAAAUACAGCCUGGAUGAUGGAGAAGAGAAUGCAGAUUUUCAAGUGUAUCGAAAUUUGGUAGGAAGUCUACUCUAUCUCACAAAUAGUUGCCUUGACAUUUUGCAAGCUACCGGUCUUUUGUCACGGUUUAUGCAAAAUCCAAGCAAAAUUCAUUAUGGUGCAGCGAAGAGAGUGCUAAGAUAUUUGAAAGGAACAUGCUCUUAUGGUCUUUGGUACUCUAACACUAACAACUUUAAGUUCUGUAGAUUUUCUAAUAGUGAUUGGGCAGGUUCAAUUGAUGACCACAAGAGUACUACGGGCUAUCUAUUCAAACUUAGAUCAAAUGCCAUAUCCUGGUGCUCAAAGGAGCAGCCAUCUACUGCUUUGUCAUCAUCAGAAGUAGCUUGCCAAACAAUUUGGUUGAGAAGAAUUUUGGGAGAUAUGAAGCUACAUCAAAAGGAGGCCACAACAAUCUUUUGUGAUAAUCAAUCCACUAUUGCAAUGACAAAAAAUCCAAUUCAUCAUAGUCAUGCAAGGCACAUUGACACUCGACAUCAUUUCAUAAGAGAGCUUGUGGUUGAAGGAAGCAUUACGAUAGAACAUUACAACUCCCAAGAACAAGUUGCUGAUUUAUUUACUAAGUCACUUUCUUUUGAGAAAUUUGUGUAUUUUAGAGAUAAGUUGGGUGUAGUAGAUUUUUGCAUUAAGGGGAAGUAUGUUAGUAUGUAAAAAUCUAUUUAUUGCUGUUUAAGUUCUUGAGUCAGAUUUUUCAUGUGUUUUUUAUUAUUUGAGUUGGUCAAGGACUGUUACUUAGUUGUCCUGUUUUAUUGUUGAUUGUGAGAUUGUGCUUCCUACAUAUUAGGAAGUAGUUGAUUUUCUUCUUGUAUUUAAAGGGAUUCCAGUUGAAUAAAAUGUGUAUGCUAGUUUUCUA